AUGUCUGACGAGCAAGAAGCCGUCCAAGAGGAACCACAAGAUGAAAAACCAGAAGAAAAGAAGGAGGUAGAGGAAGAGCAACCAGCUCCAAAACAAAAAAAGCAUAAAAAGAAUCUUCGCGUUGGCGCCACCAAAGAAGAAAAGACUUACACAGACAAAAACAUGCUAAUUGCUAUUGCCUCACAAGCUUACCAAAGCAACGUACAGAAAAACGAAGUUUCUUUGAAGAAGGAUGCUGAAAGAGGCAAAAAGAAGCUUUUAGCUGAACAAAGAAGAGUUGAAAAACGCCAGGCACGCUUAGAGAGAAAGAAGGAAAAGAUAGAGAAAACAAAGAAUAAAGCAUUGGAGAGAGAAAUGAAAAAGAAGGCCAAGAAAGAUGAAUAA